AUGGACCGCAGUGACCGUAGUGUAGACGGCAUUGCGACCCUCAACUCCUCCCUGUCGUCUGUCUCCGUCCGAGACGCCACCGCGAAUCCUCCUCUCGCUACGACUGCUCUCAGCAACUCAUCUAAUUCGUCUUCAACCUCGCUCGUUCACUUAUCUAACCCUUCCUCCGUCUCCUCAACUCCUCAACAUGUGCCUUCCAUGAUGGAAGUGGAAAAUACAGCCAUCGCUGAGGACCGCUCCCGUCGCGCCACCAGUGUCUUGUCUAUGGAUGAUCUCGAAGCUGCACAAGCUCUUGAAGGACUUCGAACAGACUUUGGCGCAUCCCCUAGAUCAUCCCAACACACCACCCCUCCAGAGACCAAAUCACAACCCGAACCACUUCUCUCGCUAUUGACCUCCUCCCACCCCUUGAUAUCAUCUGCGAUCAACGGCUCCGUCUCUGCCUAUACCUCCUCCAAGUCAUAUUCUCCUCGGUUCAAGUCCGGUGCCGAGUUUAUCGAGCGCAACAUCGGCCCGCGCGUCGCGAAUACCGUUGGCAACGUUGGCCGAAAGACAGGCAUGGAAAGUGGUAUACGCUGGGCGUUGCAGAGACACGCCUCCAACUCAUCAGAAUCCAGUCGGUCCAAACGCCGCAAGGUAAGCGGGCAUAAUCAUCCCACGGAGCAAGACUUGGAAAAGGGCUUGGAAGCAACAAUGGACGGCAGAACUGUGCCCGAUGCUCCAGAGCUCUAUCUCAACGAGUCGCUCCCUCCGUACGAUGAUGAAAAGACACCCAACUAUGAUGAGGUUGGUCGGGAGGAUAAAACACGCCAGUCCACAUGGCAGAGUCGAUUGAUGAUUUCGACGUCUGGUCUGGGAGUGGCAAUGAGCGAAGAGUCGCUUCGGAGCUUGCAGUAUUGCCUGACGUGGCUGAAGUGGGCCAAUGGCAGGCUAGGGAAAUCCAUUGUUUCUCUGCAGGAGACGUUGAAGGAAUGGGAAGAUCUCCCGCAGAAAAAUGGAGACGGCACGGUCACCGGCCAAGCAUCGAACCAGACCCAGCUGUCGCAGCGCAUUCAGGCUCUCAAGCAAGAUGUCCUGACUACAUUGAAGCAGGUAGUAGAUGUCGUCUCCAAGUAUGCCGGUGGAGCUCUUCCAGAGAAUGCGCGCCAUCUCGUCCGCCGUCAUCUCACUUCUCUACCUCAACGCUUCCAGAUGGCCUCGACCACCGUGCCAGAGGACAACGGCUCGUCCGAAGCAUCCAGCAAUGCACGUCGGAUCCUUGUCCUUGCGCAAGAAGGAUUGGAUAUGAUGUCACAGGUCAGUGGGGUGGUCAAUGACACCCUGGUCAGUGCUGAGCACUGGUGCGAGCGGCUGGGCCGCAAGCGUCCGGAGAAGAACACCAGCGAGGCACAGCCGCGGGAGUACCCUUCGGACACCAAGCAGCCUAUCUCGGACACACAAGACACGACAAUGGCUGGUACGGAGAAGACAUAA